CGGGGCCAAACGGAGGGCUGCGGACAGAGGCAGCCCAGAGCUGCCGGCAGCGGCAUGGGGUUGUACGCGGUGCUCGCCUUCCUUCUCGUCCUCCUCCUCGCCGUCCUCGCCUUGUAUCGCUGGAUCAGGUCCCGCGGCCCCAACCCCUUCGCCGUCGAUACCCGGCGCCCGCCGGCCCCGCUGAUCACCGAUAAGGCGGUUCGUCGGACGGUGCUGAAAGCAGCUUUCUCUCCAGAAAAAGUCCCAGAGAAGCUCGAUGCCAUCGUCAUCGGCAGCGGCAUCGGGGGGCUGGCGGUGGCCGUGCUGCUGGCCAAGGUGGGCCGGCGGGUGCUGGUGCUGGAGCAGCACGGCAGGCUGGGGGGCUGCUGCCAUGCGUUCAGCGAGAAGGGCUUCGAGUUCGACACCGGGAUCCACUACGUGGGACAGCUGCACGACGGCUCGCUGUGGCGCUUCCUGGUGGACCAACUGACGGACGGGCAGCUGGAGUGGGCCCCCAUGCCUCCCACCUUCGAUGCUGUGGUGCUGGGAGAGCCCGGCCGUGACAAAGCCAUCCAGCUCUGCUCCGGGGCCAGGACUUACUUCAGCAGGCUGAAGGAGCAGUUCCCCGGUGAGGAAGCCACCAUCGAUGAGUUCAAGCGGCUGGUGAAGAGUGUCACUACUGGGUUCUGGGUUCUGGGUGUGCUAAAACUGCUGCCACUGCCACUGGUGCGGCUGCUGAGCCGCUUGGGGCUGCUGUCCCUGCUCAGCCCCUUCUGCCAGAUGACCUCACACAGCGUUAAGGACGUGGUUGAUGGCCUCACCACCAACGCCAAGCUCAGGGCCAUGUUCAGCUACAUCUUCCCCACCUACGGCGUGCUGCCCUCCAAGGCCAGCUUCUCCCUGCACAGCAUCGUGUUGCACCACUACCUGUGGGGCGCAUGGUACCCCAAGGGUGGCUCGGGGGAGAUCGUCUUCCGCACCAUCCCCAUCAUCCAGAGGGCUGGUGGCAACGUGCUGGGUCGGGCGCCGGUGCAGAGCAUCCUGCUGGACUCCCAGGGCAAAGCCUGCGGUGUGAGCGUCAAGAAGGGCGAGGACGUGGUGAACAUCUUCGCUCCCAUCGUCAUCUCGGAUGCAGGGAUAUUCAACACCUAUGAGCGGCUGCUGCCGCCCGAGGCGCGCGCUUUGCCUGAGAUUCAGUCCCGGCUGCGCAUGGCGACUCACGGCGAAGCUGGCUUCUCCGUAUUCGUGGGGCUCAGAGGCUCGAGCCAGGAGCUGGGGCUGGAAGCCACCAACUACUACAUCUACCCAGAUACCAAUCUGGACCAAAUAAUGCGGCGCUACUACAGCAGCUCCCGCGACGAGGCAGCCGCCAACAUCCCCCUGCUGUUUGUCACCAGCCCGUCUGCCAAAGACCCCACGUGGGAGAUGCGGUACCCAGGUAAAAGCACGCUGUCCAUCAUCACCAUGGCCAAGUACGAGUGGUUUGAGGAGUGGAAGGACAGGCCAGUCCAUAAGAGGGGAGAUGCUUAUGAGGACGUGAAGAAGACGUUUGUGGACGCCAUCAUGCAGACCGUCUUCAAACUGUACCCCCACAUCGAGGACAAGGUUGAGCACAUCUCGGGGGGGACACCGCUGACCAACCAGCACUACAUCGCCAGCCCCCGCGGGGAGUUCUACGGCAUGGAGCACGACAUGGCGCGCACGCAGAUCGAAGCCAUCGCCACCGCACGGCCGCACACCGCUGUCCCCAACCUCUACCUGACAGGGCAGGACGUGGCUCUGUGUGGCUUCGCCGGAGCACUGCAGGGAGCCUUCCUCUGCACCAGCGCCAUCCUCAAGCGCAACAUCUACCUGGACGCCAUGUGGCUGCGGAAGCGCGUGCAGAGCUCCAAUAGCAAGAAGAAGAUCUGAGGCUGGGUCCCACUGGCAGCAGCUUUGGACUGAAUGAGGCUGGGAAAGCUUCUCAUGGUGCCUCCAUGCCCGGGGUGGUGGAGGCUGAGGAAUGAAUCCCUCCCUCUGCACACAGAGCUGCCUGAGCGGCGUUGAACCAGUUUUCCAUCAGACCCGUUUCUGUCAGCCCUGCACAAUGCUCUGUGCACAUCUACAAUGCUCUGUGCACAUUUACAAUGCUCUGUGCACAUCUGCAAUGCUCUAUGCACAUUUACAAUGCUCU